GAUAUAAUAAACACGUAAUAACAAUAUUUCAUUAUUUUAUUUUUUAUUCGUGCCUUUUCAUUCUAAGGAGGUUCGUAUAUUAUAUAUUUUUUCAUUUCGACAUAACGCCUAAUGAAAUUUUAUCAUUUGAAUUUAUUUUUUUGAAAAUAUUUUAUCUAAAAAAUAUUGAAUUAUUUUAUUGCAUAUAAUUAAUAAUUUUUACUAAAAAAAAAGUAAUUAAACGUGAAUUUUUUAUUAAAAAAAUUAAAACGUUAAAGCUGUUUAUGUUUAUCUAAUAAAUAAAAUUAGCAUUAUAUAAAAUUAGAAAAUUGUUAUCUCCUGCAACUUUGCUAAAAAAUAUAUAUUAUCUUAUUUUUUAAAAUUUUAAUUAUUUUAAAAUUUUAAAGCAAAACCCCCCCAAAAGAAAUUGUUAUUAAAAAUAAGAAUACCUCAAGUGGCAAGAUGAGUUAUAGAUGUAAUAUGCUCGUUGCUAAAAGCGUAAGUAAGGCUGAUGCGAAUGCCUCAAGAAAAGAUCAACCAAAGAAGGAAGGAAUGAACUCAAUUUUUUUCUAUUCCAAGAUUUUCGCCUGUUCCCUUUUGAUUUGGGCUUCACAAUGUUCCUAUAGCCAUACCAACUUCAACAGUUCGCAUGAUGAGGCGUACACUGCCGGAAGCGUAGAAAGCGCAGCUUUCUACAGAUCCUUGGCAUCAAAUGAUCCACACGGAAACUAUCCACCAAAUCCACAUGGACCUUAUGUGCCAGAGGGCGUCCAUGGUCAACCGUACCCAUCAACUUCACAAGGUGUACCCCCCCCACCUUCAUACAAAAACCCACAAGCUGGAGGAGCACCACCUUUCGAGCUAAAUAUCGACAUUGAACAAAAAUUAAAAGACUUGAAAGAUGUCAUUUGGGAUAAGGUAGAAAAUGCAGUUGAAUGGGGAACCCUCUCAGAUAAUGUAAAGAGCUAUUUAGAAAAAAUCGAUUUAAACAUUGAAAGCAAAAUUGUUGAUGAAGUUAACAAAGCUAAUAGAGAUAUCAAUUUAAUGGAAAACCCAGAUACCAAAACGCAGAUUAUCAAUAGUUUCUCCCAGAAUUAUACCAUCAUAACUCCACCACUUUUGUUAUUACUCCUUUCCAUUUUGACAUCCGAAAGAUGUAAGAAGCAUUUGGCAAACAUAUUGUUGACAUCUCUUUUGGUAACAAUGACUUAUAUCUUCUUUAAGCUGAAAAAAAUGGAUGACAUUAAAAAACAAAGUACCAAUGCUAACCAGAGCUAUAACGAUGCCGGAUAUACUGGUAAAAAAGCAAAGGAUAAGUUUAAAGGUGCCCAUGAGUAGAAACAGCCCAGAGAGAGGGGGUGCGUAAAAAAAAAAGGAAAAAAAAGAACCCUACCAUCUAUAUUACAAGGGAAGCAAACAAUUACCAAGUAGAAUGUAUAAUAUAUAGUGUAUACCGAAGUGAAUUAGAAAAGGGAUAUAAUAUGACACCUAUUAUUAUGAUGCAACUUCGGAAGAGGUUAAGAAAAUUAUCAAAAUGGAAUAAGCACAGCAUUUUUAGCGCACCUUUUUUUCGAUGUCUCCACAAAAAUGAUGCAAUGUAUAGUACAUAGUAAAUAUUGAAAAUUUAUACAUAAAAUAAUAUGGUUUUUGUAAAAAUUUUCAUCUUUUUCUUGAGGUACUUUUUUCGAAUAUGUUAAGACGUCGCUGUACACGUGCUUACAUUACAUACGUCUAUAUAGAUAUACAUAUCUAUCUCCGUGCAUAUGAUUAUUCCCAUUUUAUCUCGCCAUUUAAAUUAUUGAUGUAGUGUUGUUAAGCAGAAAAUGUCCUCGCAAGAUAUAUCGUUUUUUCUCGUUUUUUUUUUUUUUUGGAAAACCACACAUAAUGUAUUUGUGAAUAUUAUUUAUGAAUUUACAUCUUUUUUUCGAAAUGAUUAAUGGAAACACAACUACUUUUUAUAAACCAUUUAAUCAAUUACUUGAAUUUUUAAAAAUUAAAGCUUUUUUUUUUUCUUCCCCCUAUAUAUAUGUGGUGGGUAUAUGUGUAUAUAAAUAUAUAUAUACAAUGUAUACACCGUUUAAUGAAAAUUCAUUUUCUCCCUAUUAACUGUUAUGAGGACCUUUGAAUAAUUGAUUUUAUAAUGA